AUGGGGACCACCGAAGCCACGCUCCGGAUGGAAAACGUGGACGUGAAGGAGGAAUGGCAGGACGAAGACCUUCCCAGACCACUCCCAGAAGAGACGGGGGUGGAAUUGCUUGGCAGCCCCAUGGAAGACACAUCCUCUCCUCCCAACACGCUAAACUUCAACGGAGCACAUCGUAAGAGGAAGACGCUGGUGGCCCCAGAUAUCAACAUUUCUCUGGAUCAGAGUGAGGGAUCCCUGCUGUCCGACGACUUCUUGGAUACCCCCGAUGACCUGGAUAUUAACGUGGAUGACAUUGAGACCCCCGAUGAGACUGACUCGCUGGAGUUCCUGGGGAAUGGCAACGAACUGGAGUGGGAAGAUGACACCCCUGUGGCCACCGCCAAGAACAUGCCCGGGGACAGCGCGGAUCUAUUUGGGGACGGCACGACAGAGGACGGCAGUGCCGCCAACGGGCGCCUGUGGCGGACAGUGAUCAUUGGGGAGCAAGAACACCGUAUAGACCUGCACAUGAUCCGGCCUUACAUGAAAGUAGUCACCCACGGAGGGUACUAUGGCGAAGGCCUCAACGCCAUCAUCGUCUUUGCAGCCUGCUUCCUUCCAGACAGCAGCCUCCCUGACUACCACUACAUCAUGGAGAACCUCUUCCUGUACGUCAUCAGCAGCUUAGAGCUCCUGGUGGCUGAGGACUACAUGAUCGUGUACCUGAACGGCGCUACGCCCCGGCGAAGGAUGCCAGGAAUCGGCUGGCUGAAGAAGUGCUACCAGAUGAUCGAUCGGAGAUUGCGGAAAAACCUGAAGUCCUUGAUCAUCGUCCACCCCUCGUGGUUCAUUCGGACUGUGCUGGCCAUCUCUCGCCCUUUCAUCAGCGUCAAGUUCAUCAACAAGAUCCAGUAUGUGCACAGCUUGGAAGACCUGGAGCAACUCAUCCCCAUGGAACACGUCCAGAUCCCAGACUGCGUCCUGCAAUACGAAGAGGAAAGACUGAAGGCCAGGAGGGAGAGCGCGAGGCCCCAGCCGGAGUUUGUGAUGCCCAGGUCUGAAGAGAAGCCAGAGGUGGCACCAGUGGAAAACAGGUCUGCUCCAGUCACAGAAGAUGAGGAAACAAGCAUGUCCUGA